UGGGUACCCUGUUAGCACGCACGUUGCCAAACGUGCCUGCCGACAAUUGAUUGCGCUGCAGAGCCUCGUGCCAGAGAUGCUAUCAAGAUAUUGGGCGCAUACCGCUACAGUUCCAGCCGUUAGAUCCCGAACGCCACUUGGCACUGCGUGGGGGUUGUGAAACUAGACAAAGAUUAGACUGGUAGUGUCUUGGCUUGAGAUACUGUGAUGAACGUGUACGGAUGGGAGGAAGUAGUUGGAUGGCGAGGCAGCGAUGCCCUUGUGGAGGAGUAGAUUGAUUCCGAACGUGCCAGAAAAUGAAGGAUUCAAGCCUCGAGAUGAUUAUUACUUAUAUACAGAGACCUGGGGCAACAUUCCGCUGACAUGACAGUGUCUAGCAUCACGAUCUGCUCUCGCCUGUACCAAGAUGUGGUCUCUUGGAAUCUUCUCCGGCACGGUUCUCUUGGCCGCCACAGCUACGGCCAGCUUCGACGGCAACCUCAACUAUGCCAGUCCCUCUAGGCGCCAUGCCAACCUCGGGAUUGAUGUGCCCCUGGUCGAGCGUCGAUCCUGGAAGCGCGGCAACGUGGCAUACGAGCCCUCUGAGCUGAGUUUCACCCAUGGAGUGGCCUCCGGAGAUCCCUGGCCCGAAAGCGUCAUCCUGUGGACGCGCAUUGCGCCGUCAAACCAGUCCGACAAGAGCACCGUGACCGUUGAUGGCUUGUCACCCUUGUACAACCAUGAGACCGAGCGGUAUAUCAAGGCAGAUCCGAGCCCCAUCUGUGUUGAGUGGAAGGUCUUUAAGAGCAAAUGUUCAAAGGGCGCGGACAAUGUUGUGGUCAGCGGCAAGGCAUACACGACCUCGGAUAUCGACUACACUGUCAAGGUUGAAGCUGAGGGACUUGAGCCACUGACUAAAUACUACUAUCAGUUCACUGUUUGUGGCUCAAACAACAAGAGCCCUAUUGGGAGAACCAAGACCGCUCCUACCGCCGAUGAUGAUGUGUCUAGCCUCAGCUUCGCCGUAUUUUCCUGCAGCAACUUCCCCAACGGAUACUUCAAUGCGUACGGAAAUGCUGCCAGGAAGGACAAGCACGACUAUGUCAUCCAUCUUGGCGACUACCUGUACGAGACCGGAAAGGGGGGCGAGCGGGCUACUGCCCCGUCGGGCACCAUCUUCACUCUUCAUGAUUACCGGACCCGGCACGGGCUGUAUCGCACCGAUGCCGAUCUUCAACUGCUCUCCAAGGACUUUGCCUGGAUUCCUACCUGGGACGACCACGAGUUCGCGGAUAACGGGUACAGAGACGGAUUCAGCGGCCUGAACAACACCGAGGAUUCUUUCUUGAACAAAGGCCCACAGAUCAGCGUCGACACCCGAAAGGUCAAUGCCGUGCGGGCCUACUUUGAGUGGAUGCCUAUCCGACAAACCGACCUGGAUGACGGCCUGCGAAUCUGGCGGUCAUUCCAGAUGGGCAAGUUGUUGGACCUCGUCAUCCUCGACACGAGGAACUACGAUCGCAGUAUCACCUCUCUCGGAUGGAAUGACAAAUACAUCGAUCGUCUCCGAGAUGACCCUAGCCGAACUUUGAUGGGCUCACGCCAAGAGAAUUGGUUCUACAAAUCGCUGAGCGAGUCCAAGGAACGCGGUGCUGCCUGGCGAAUUGUCGGCAACCAGAUCAUCUUCUCCCGCAUCUUUGAGAGCGACGCGGGCGCCUUGAGCGGCGACAACUGGAAUGGCUAUAUUGCCAACCGAAACAGGACUCUGCAGCAUCUCUACGACAACGAGAUCGGGAACAACAUCUUCCUCGCUGGAGACAGCCACCAGAACUGGGUCUCCGACUUGGCGUGGCUCGGAACUAAAAAGUACGAGUCAGAGAGCGGCGCAGGGAGCAUCGGCGUCGAGUUCGCCGGCACUGCCGUUAGCUCCAGCGGCCGAGCCGGUCCCAUCGAGCCCAAUGCUGGGGAUUACGCCCGCGGCAUGAUCAGGCGGAACGAGGAGAUGAUGUGGCAGGAGGGUUACUACCGGGGUUACUUCAACCUGCUUGUGACGCCGAAGGAGGUUACCGCCCAGUUCUUUGGCUGUCCCUCCGUUGCUACUCGCAACGGCUGGGAUCUCCCGCUCGCCAACUUUACCGUUCUGUCCGGUGACAAUCACCUGCAGAGGCCGAUUGCCGGCGGAGAGGCUGAGUCUGGCGCGCUUAGGUUUGGAGAGAUUAAGCAUACAAACUUGACUUUGAACACUGAGACUGGAGAGUGGAAGGUUAUUGGUUUUGACAAGAUGUUCAUUUAGAUCGAUCAGAUGAGAAUGGCAUUUACAGUGUCAUCUCGGUCCACCGUUAAAUGGAAUAGAUAAUGUCUGUCAUUCCUCCUGUGCCAGAAGCACCCCAUUCUUAACCAGGGCCAUGACAAAACCCUUGAUCGCCUGCACGGCAACGUCGGCGAUGCGAUCCGC